AGAGAGAGAGAGAGAGAGAGAGAGAGACUCUGAGACAGAGUGAAACAGACAAACAGGGAGAUAAAGAGAAGCAGACAGAUAGAAAGUGACAGACAGAUAAACAGAGAAAGGGAGAGACAUGCAGGAGAAAGAGAGAGACAGAUACACAAAGAGUGAGACAGAAACAGACAGAAAGAGAGAUAGAAUGAUAAACAGAAUCAGGUCACAUGAUUGGGCAACCUUUGUUAGCCGAUUAGUAUGUCCUGAAAGGUCAUCACCUUUCCUUUCUAACACACACACACACACACACACACACACACACACUCUUUGAGAAAUCCUCUGUAAUCCGUCCUCGCCUGCACACCGUCUCCUCGCCUCAGUGUGAGUGUGAAGCUGCAGGAAGAACAGCCGUUCCCCUUCAGCAUGGAUUCCUGUGUGUGUUUGAAAGUGUGUGAGGGUGUGUGGUGAGCUUUAAGGCGUGUGUGUAUGUUUGUGUGUGUGUGUGUGUGAUGUGUGUGAGGGUGUGUGUGACUCAGUGAAGGAUGCGGUGUGUCCUGGCCUUUCAGGUGUUGCUGUGCUGCUGGAGUGUCGUGCGGCCGUUUUGCCCCUCACAGUGCACCUGUGUGUUCCACGGGACCAGGACGGUGGUGUGUAACGAUCCUGACACGGCGGAGAUCCCCGUCAACGUACCCCUGGACACGGUGAAGCUGCGUGUGGAGAAAACGGCGGUGCGUCGAGUAAAAACCGAGGCGUUCUACUACCUCACCGAGCUCAGGUAUCUGUGGCUCACCUACAACUCCAUCAGCUCCGUGGAUCCUGCCAGCUUCUACAACCUGAAGGUCCUGCACGAGCUCCGUCUGGAUGGAAAUGAAAUCUCCACGUUCCCCUGGGAGGCGCUCAGAGAGAUGCCCAAUCUCAGAACGCUGGAUCUGCACAAUAAUCGAUUAACAAGUGUUCCUGUAGAAGCUGCAGCUUACCUGGUUAACAUCAUAUACCUGGACCUUUCCAGCAAUAAGCUGAACACCUUGCCCUCGGACCUUUUGGACAUCUGGAGUCCCUUUUCUGGAACAAUUCCCACCAGCGGUUCCUCUCAGAAAAUCAUACUGGGACUCCAGGACAACAUGUGGUAUUGCGAUUGUCGCAUAUCCAAACUUAUCGAGAUGUCCAAAAUGGCAGAGGGUCCCGUGGUGCUGAUGGACCCCUUGGUGACCUGCAGUGGUCCAGAGAACCUGGCUGGGGUUCUGUUUAAACGAGCAGAACUGGAUCAGUGUGUUAAACCAACGGUGAUGACUUCAGCCACAAAGAUCACGUCUUCCCUCGGCAGUAAUGUGCUCCUGCGCUGUGAUGCUACGGGUUAUCCAACCCCGACCCUUCUGUGGAGCAGGGCAGACGGUUCAGCACUCAGUAACCCAGUUGUGCAGGAGUCCCCGGGCAAAGGUGUUCGAUGGUCCAUCCUUAGUCUGGAGGGAAUAGUGUUAACGGACACUGGCGUUUACCGCUGCAAGGCAAAGAACUUUGCUGGAACUGCAGAAGCCGCCAUCACGCUAUCUUUGGCUGGGAUGGACCUCACAACUCCAGUUCCUCCCUUCAACAGGACUUUUCCUGCUGUUACAGAGGCUGCGAUUUUCUUUUCUACCACAACCACCACCACAACCACCACCACCACCACCACCACCACGUCCAAACCAUCUCUGACUACACUCCAAUCUACAGCUAGCAAGUUGAACUUAGACCCAGGUGGAGGCAUCCAGAGAUCUCCACCUGCUGGAAAUACACCCAGCACAAAUGGCACCAAGGAUAAAGCUAGGAAGAAAGGUAGCUCAUACAUCAGAGAUGUUGAGGUGAUUGAGGAAACAGGAGACAGUGCAGUUGUGUUAUGGAUGAAUGAGGGGUUUCCCAGUGAAUUGCCCCUGUCAGUGGUGUACUUUCCAUACAACGAAGAUGAGACAAAGGAGAUCGUGGACACUGAGGUUGGAAAUGGUAAGCUUCUUCUUGAGGACCUGUUUCCCAACCAGAUGUACACAGUCUGCUUGGUUCCCAAAAGUGGGAAAGAGCAGUGUGUGAAUUUUAGCACUCUGGACACCGUUUUAGAUGUUGGACAAAACAGUUGGCUGCUGAUCGUCUCUGGAAUUGCUUGUGUUUUUGUGCUUCCUCUCAUUGUUCUUCUUCUCUACAAGAUCUCAUUGCUGUACCUAAAGAAGAGCAGCAGCAGGAACGCUGAAAUGGAUGAUGACCUUUCCAAAGAGACUUAUCUGAAAUUUGAGACUCUCGCCAUGCAGCAGAGGACGCUGAAUGGACAGGCGAGCGAUCUCUGGACCCGACGGCUGACGCAGGAAUCAGAGAGGAUGCUCCUUUGCUCACGUUCAAGUAUAGACUCACAAAUGACCUACAAAAGUGAUAAUUCACGAUCCGAGUACCUUUGCUAGCUCUGUGUGGGUGAAAUGAACCAGAAACAGUAAUGACCACCUGCCCGUGAGCCAGUAGCAAUGCAAGUGGGCAGGACUGUGGUCUCUUUUGUUCUCGCCAUUUUCUUAUUGUUGCUUGCUGUACAUGCUUUAGCGCUAGGGUUUUUGUGGUACAGUUAUGGGGCGUUUGUUCUCUGCCUGAUAGAAAUGUUGGCACCUCUGUGUAUGUGUAGUCACAACACACCGAAAAACAUUUUCUCUACGCAGUCAAAUCUCCACAACUGCUGGAUUGAGAGGUCAUCCACAUUUUCAUCUACCUCACUGACAGCAAGCAUCCUAUGACUGGUAGAAAGCUAGUUAUGUGCAGUGAUAUACUCUUAGAAGAUUUCCGUCCCCUUCAAGAGUUCUUCAGGUGUCCAUCUGGAGGAACCCUUAGAUCUUUUAAAGAACCGUUUUUUCUAUGAUUGUAGCUUUCUGCUUGACACCGUUUCCAGAAAGGAAACACUAGCCCU